UGCGUCAUAUGUUGUGUCACGGUGACGGAUGAUCGCGUGAAAGUCUCCUAAAUGACCUACAAAUUUAGGUGGCUGAAUAUUUGAACGUCCCCUUGCAUCUGCUGAUAGCGACGUGAAGUGGUGCAUCCGCAGGUCCGAUUCAUGUGAAUUUGGUGGAAGUCACGAAAGGAGGAAGCAGAUUUAAAGAGGUCGAGGUUGGAAGAAAGGAAAAACGAUGUUCCGGACGAUAAUCAGAAGGUCUUCUGUGCGCUUGAACGCAACCAGAACAAUAGCAAUAGAAUGCCCGAAAAGGGCUCCCAUCCCAAAUCACAAGAAUGUUUCAUUUGUUUUGUCACAAAAGUUGAAAUCCGAACCAUGGCUGGGAUUUGGUCAGAUGAGGCACUGCAGUUCGCUGCCGUCUCACACCAGGGUCACAUUGCCAGCACUCAGUCCUACCAUGGAGGAGGGUACAUUGAUCAGUUGGGAAAAGAAGGAAGGCGACAAGUUGAACGAGGGUGAUCUGCUGGCAGAGAUCGAGACGGAUAAGGCUACCAUGGCAUUUGAGACGCCCGAGGAAGGUUACCUGGCGAAGAUAUUGGUUCCUGCCGGUACAAAGGGCGUGCCGAUCGGCAAAUUGGUCUGCAUCAUCGUUGAGAACGAAUCCGAUUUGGCUGCAUUCAAAGAUUACAAAGACGAUGGAAAGGCUGCAGCUGCUGCAAAAAGUGAAUCCGCUCCUCCGCCCACAGCUAGUUCGCCGACACCGGCUCCUCCUAUGCCCGCCCCAUCUGUACCCUCACCUCCUCCACCCCCAGUCACCACCGGCAGAGUUUACGCUAGUCCAAUGGCAAAAAGGUUGGCCGAAAAACAAAACAUUAGAUUACAAGGAAAGGGAACUGGAUUGUUUGACUCAAUAACGUCUUCUGAUUUAGAACGUUUGGCUGCGUCCGCCGCUCCAAUUGGUGCACCAACGCCAAGCUCGACUCCGCCCCCUGUUUCGAUGGGCGGUUCUCCAGCUGCUGCCUAUACGGAUAUUGCAGUUACUAAUAUGCGUUCUGUGAUAGCUAAGAGGUUGUUGCAAUCCAAGACGACGAUACCCCAUUACUAUUUAACGGUCGAGGUGCAAGUGGACAAAGUCAUGUCGCUGAGGAAGAAGUUCAACGAGAAACUUGAGAAGACCGGCGGCAAAGUUAGCAUCAACGAUUUUGUUAUCAAGGCGACGGCGAUGGCUUCCAAGAAAGUUCCUGACGCGAAUUCCGCGUGGCACGAUACAUUUAUCAGAAAGUACAAGAACGUCGAUAUCAGUGUCGCCGUCUCCACCGAGACAGGUCUGAUUACGCCGAUAGUCUUCGAAGCGAAUAACAAGGGAGUCGCCGAUAUCGGAGCUGACAUGAAGAAGUUGGCUAACAAAGCGAGGGAGGGUAAACUGUUGCCUCAAGAGUUCCAAGGUGGUACCAUUUCCGUAUCGAACUUGGGUAUGUUCGGCGUCGAUCAAUUCGCAGCGAUCAUCAACCCGCCGCAGAGUGCCAUCUUGGCAGCGAGCAGCGUCAACUCCAAAUUGGUGAUCGACGAUAAGUCAGAGAAAGGUUUCAGAGAGGUGAAAGUGAUGAACGUUACCCUGUGCUGCGAUCACCGAGUCAUCGACGGUGCCGCAGGAGCGAAGUGGCUGCAGGCAUUUAAAGAGUACAUCGAGGAUCCAGAGAUGAUGAUAUUGUAAUAGACGAUGGGUGGUUACCGAAGCGAGGCUCAGAGAAGGAUUAAGCUGCCAAAAGGAAACACAAAAGUAAUGAUGAAUACGGAGAUGAAUGCAAAUAAUAAUAAUAGCACACAUACACUCAUAUAUAUCUAUGUAUAGAUACAGAGAAGAACGAUGAAUCCUCCGUCUAGAUUUUUACUUAUAAUUUUUAAAACUGUUACAUAGAAUCGCGUUGUUUGUACAUAUAUUAUACAUACAUAUAUUAUUGGUUGUCUAGAUUUGUUAUUU